UGUAAACUUCGUCUGUUUCUGUCGUUGUUUGGAAGUUUUCAAAUACAACCAAAAUGAGGGAAAUCGUUCAUCUGCAGGCAGGCCAGUGUGGAAACCAAAUUGGAGCAAAGUUCUGGGAGGUGAUAAGUGACGAACACGGCAUCGACCCGUCCGGGACAUACCAUGGGGACAGCGACCUGCAGCUGGAGCGAAUCAACGUGUAUUACAACGAGGCAACAGGUGGCAAGUAUGUCCCCCGUGCAGUGCUGGUGGACUUGGAACCAGGCACAAUGGACUCUGUGAGGUCUGGUCCCUUUGGCCAAGUCUUCAGACCAGACAACUUUGUCUUUGGUCAGAGCGGAGCAGGUAAUAACUGGGCUAAAGGCCACUACACUGAGGGAGCCGAGCUGGUGGACUCGGUCCUAGACGUGGUGAGGAAGGAGGCAGAGAGCUGCGACUGCCUACAGGGCUUCCAGCUCACACACUCCCUCGGAGGAGGCACUGGCUCCGGCAUGGGCACACUGCUCAUCAGCAAAAUCCGAGAGGAAUAUCCAGACCGCAUCAUGAACACUUUCAGCGUGGUGCCUUCACCCAAGGUGUCGGACACGGUGGUGGAGCCAUACAAUGCCACCCUCUCCGUGCACCAGCUGGUCGAGAACACAGACGAGACCUACUGCAUUGAUAAUGAGGCCCUGUAUGACAUCUGCUUCCGCACGCUGAAGCUGACCACGCCCACCUACGGAGACCUCAACCACCUCGUCUCAGCCACCAUGAGCGGUGUGACCACCUGCUUGCGCUUUCCUGGCCAGCUCAACGCUGACUUGAGAAAACUGGCCGUCAAUAUGGUGCCCUUCCCCAGGCUGCACUUCUUCAUGCCGGGCUUUGCCCCGCUGACCAGCCGGGGCAGCCAACAGUACAGGGCAUUGACAGUUCCUGAACUCACCCAGCAGAUGUUCGAUACCAAGAACAUGAUGGCUGCCUGCGACCCACGCCAUGGGCGCUACCUCACAGUUGCUGCCAUCUUCCGAGGCCGCAUGUCCAUGAAGGAGGUGGAUGAGCAGAUGCUGAAUGUGCAGAACAAGAACAGUAGCUACUUUGUGGAGUGGAUCCCGAACAACGUCAAGACGGCCGUCUGCGACAUCCCUCCCCGGGGCCUCAAGAUGGCCGCCACUUUUAUCGGCAACAGCACAGCCAUUCAGGAGCUGUUCAAGCGCAUCUCGGAGCAGUUCACCGCCAUGUUCCGUCGCAAGGCCUUCCUCCACUGGUACACGGGCGAGGGCAUGGAUGAGAUGGAGUUCACAGAGGCUGAGAGCAACAUGAACGACCUGGUGUCCGAGUACCAGCAAUACCAGGACGCCACUGCUGAGGAAGAGGGCGAGUUUGAGGAGGCUGAAGAGGACAUGGCCUAGACACUGACUGUGACCUUCUGUUACUAUGCAACAGUUAAGGCAGGGCGAUAUGCUUCAAAAAUCAUAGUAGAAUUAAUAAUGAUUGGCUUAAAAGCAGUAAUUUGGACAGUUCAAAAUAAUUUAUCAGUAAUUCCACUGAAAGUCAUCAAUUGAUAACAUUGAACUCCAGUCCAGCCUUAACGGGAGUGAAAAGGAGUUCUCCAGCCUUGGUUUUUACAUGUUGUCUAUUGUUUUCAUAUUACUUUUUGCUGUUGGCAGGUCUCGUCUGCCUUCUUACUUUGAUAUAAAUGUUCUCAAUCUUUCCUGUUUUUUUUGUUUGGAGGAUAUCAUUUGACCCUCACUCCCACUGAGUGGCAAACAUUUAAGCAUCUGUCUUUAUAUAGAAAACAAAAAAGGUAGCUGAAGCAAAAGGAGUUUUUGGACAGAUGACUGCACAAAGAUUAGCGGUUUGCAUUACUUAUGAGUUUUUAUAUGCAGUCUAUGGUCUCAUCAUAUUUCAGAGUUUACAGACUGAAUGCCCAGAUUGUCGCAGAUCAGUUUAACUCCAUGUGUUUCCAGCUCUGUCUAUUCAGAGCAGGCACCUGGUGACCUUGUUUGUUCACUCAGUGGUGGUGUUGUGAAGUAACUAAAUUAUUGUUUUUUCCUUGUCUUUUUCAAGCUGCAGGUUUUAUAUGUAUUUUUGAUGAAGUAGAAUAAAACACUGACCAGCUCAA